AUGCAUGUCAAAUUCUCGUCCUCCAAGAUAAACUACCUAGGAUACAUAUGGAGUGGUGAGAAUCCAGAACAUAGUGUAAAGAGGCAGCGAAAGAAUCCAUACAGGGGUAUAAGACGACGUCCUUGGGGAAAAUGGGCGGCUGAGAUAAGAGAUCCAAAAAAAGGAGCACGUGUUUGGCUGGGUACUUUUAACACUGCUGAAGAAGCUGCCAGAGCUUAUGAUAAAAAAGCUCUUAAAAUCAGAGGCGCUAAAGCCAAACUCAACUUCCCAAACAAGGUCAAUGAAGCUCUCAAAAUCAGAGGUGCUAAAGCCAAAGUCAACUUCCUAAACAAGGUCGGUGACUCUCACGUCCAGCUCAACACCAAGAAACCAUCUGGGUCGAAUUCUCCAUCAGAAUUUUCUGCUGAUUAUACUAGUCUAAAUUCAUACGAGGCUUGUAAAAAGUUUUGUGAGAGUCCGUACUUCGAUGAGAUGGUGGUGGGUCCAGCUAGCAUUGAACCAGAGAACGUUGUGGAGGAUGACAUGCUCAAUCUUUGGAGUUUUGACUUUGACAUUGUCAAUUGA